AUGUCCGGCGGCUCAGCACAUGUGCAUGUGCAUGCUGAACAUGAGGCGGCCGCACGCAGCAAAGCGUUACCGCUGUCGUUGCCGUUGAUGACCUCCCUCUCUAAUGUGGCAGCAGGAAGCUCUCACCACAAAGGCAGCCGGUUGCCCACCAUUCAGCCUGCGUCGCCGAACAAGGGCGCGCCGCACGCUUCACCAACCUCCAACCGCCCUGCAUACUUUGCGAUCCCAAAGGGCCACCCACAUGCGACUGCCAUUGUCAGUUCUGCGUCGUCGACUACUGAAUCACUAUCCGAGUUGACACCGUCAUCGUCGCGGGAUUCGCUACCGCACCCCCAAGGGCGCAACGGCCCUACCACGCCCCAGAAGCAGUCGCGUAACAACCGGCGGAAGACUCCAACAAAGUCGGGUGGCAGAUGGAGUAGAGGAGGCGCUUCUUCAGAUGACACGGCCACCGACCGCAAACCGCCCACCUCCCAGCCAGCUGAGCACGCGCAGAGCACCACCCGCUCCCCCCACACUUCGUCCAAGACACGCCACCAACCCUCUAUUGCUACCAACACCCCAUCGAACCACCAGCCGCGAUUCAUGGCAACAGCCUUUGGAGGUCCUUCGGGUGACUCGCGACGGGGAGUAGUAUCUCCUCGCCCCAAGGGUCGCGAAGCCAAAAACACACUCUGCCGCAAUGUCACCAUCUACGGACACUGUCGGUACGAGAAUACCUGUCCCUAUAUCCACGACAGCCUCAAGUUAAACCAGAAUGAGAAUACCAAGAAAAGGUUCAAUGUAGACUCCCCGUCAUUCACGCCGCUGCAGGCAAGCACCAAUGGAUCCGUCACACCUUCGUCUCGCAGCGCUGCCAUUUCGCCCAAGGCGGCGAACGCGGCUGUCUUUACGCCCAAAUCGCAACGCUCCACCGUUACUACACCGCACAUGCACGCGAAAGAGCCUGCCAUCGAUUGGCAUACGCAAGAUUUCCAAGAAUUCGUUCCCCAGAACUUUGAGAGCCAGCAGAUGGUCGAUCCCAAUGUUGGCUACGAUCCCUUCAGUACUCCCACCAAUAUCUCUUCAAUGGCCGGCCCAAGCCACCAACCGCCUACCAUCAAUCCCUAUGCUCAAGAUGCCUCGGCGACGUACUUUCAAAACGCCAAUGCUUUCCAAAACCCAGCGUACCACUUGUACUGGCCGGUAGGACCGCAACCAAGCGGGCUUUUAGCUUAUCAGCGAACGGCGCAUGACUUUUUUAUUCCGGAUGCCUUACGAGAAGAAUUACAGAAAAAGGCGGAAAUUGCGCGACAAGUUGCUCCUAAUAGCACUUUGCCAGCUAUCGAGCAGUUUCAUUCUUUGUUUUGCUUGGAUAUUUCGCCACAAAAGAACACAGCACCGUUCGGCUAUGCCAGCUGGAUCUACAAAGCCGUGUCUAGCAAAGAUGGCAAGACGUAUGCGCUACGCCGUCUGGAAAACUUUCGUCUCACGAGCGAGACUGCCAUUAGGUCUGCUCAACCCUGGAAACGCGUCUUGAACGGCAAUGUGGUAACCAUCCAUGAAGCAUUUACCACUCGCGCUUUCGGCGACAGUUCCUUGAUCCUGGUCACAGACUACCACCCAAACUCCAAGUCGCUUGCUGACGAACACUUCAAACCAGCGCAACGGUUCCAUGGUAGGCAGCCAACGUCAUCCCAUGUACCAGAGCAAGUGUUAUGGGGUUACACUGUCCAGAUUGCAUCUGCUUUAAAAGCCAUACACGGGUCCGGCUUGGCUGCAAGGCUGAUAACGCCUUCGAAAAUACUCCUUACGUCCAAGAACAGGAUACGAUUGAACGCAUGCAGUAUCAUGGAUAUCGUUCAGUUCGACAAUGCUCGUCCUGUUUCCGAACUCCAAGCCGACGACUUUAUCCAGCUCGGACGAUUGAUACUUUGCAUCGCAAAUAACAAUCCCACGGCUCACUUGCAGAUGCAAAAGUCAAUAGACUACAUCACUCGGAGUUAUACAGCCCGCCUCAAGGAAUGCGUUCAGUGGCUUCUCAACCCUCAACCGUCAUCCGGAUCGCCAUCGUCUCCUACUUCACCUGUGCCGAUGCAGAAAGACAUUGAUACCUUCCUUGCGGGCAUCGCUGAUCAGUUCGCUUCCGUUUUCGACAGUGAGCUACAUGCUCAGGAUACACUGAUCGUCAACCUUGGGAGAGAGUUAGAAUCAUCAAGGCUAGUCCGCCUGCUUAUCAAACUCAGCAUGAUCAAUGAGCGACCCGAGCUAGACGCCUCCCAAAACAUGCCAGGAAAUGCUGGUGCAAGUUCAUCCACGGUAUGGGCGGAGACAGGAGAACGCUACUACCUUAAACUUUUUCGCGACUACGUUUUCCACCAAGUGGAUCAGAACGGUCAUCCAGUUACCGAUCUGGCGCACGUGUUGGACUGCUUGAACAAAUUGGACGCGGGUACCGACGAGAAGAUACCGCUCAUAAGCAGAGACGAGCAGAAUGUUUUGAUCGUCAGUUACCGCGAGGUGAAGCGGGCGCUGGAGUCGGCCUUCCAAGACUUGGUACGAGCGGGACGGGCGUCUGGGAAAUAGGAUUCUUCAGACUAGGUUCCGCUUGCUAACCUCAUAGUGAACAGCGUGAACGAGAGAAUUUCACGAGGAGACCCUCAAGGGUCUCGUCAUUGUCGAAUCACGGCAGAGGAUCAUAGUAAGAUGUGAAGACAAUUGAAUGGGUUGGGUUGUUAUGAGAUGUAGUUGCAUGAGUUGUACGAAUGGCACAGUUGUUGAAUUGCUGGAGUGGUUGGAAACGGGAUGGAAUGCAAGACGUAGAUUAUUCAUAACGCAAUUCAACGCUUUUCGGCUUCAUUCA